CUCUAUCCAAGUAUUCAGUACAUCAUGUCCAUCGAAAGCCUUGUCGCACUCAACUUCCCACUGGAACUACUCGACCGUAUUUUUGCAUACCUUCCGUUGUCGGAUCGUAAAACGGCAUCGCUGGUGUGCCGUGCGUGGAACGAGUUAGCAUUCAAUCGAUACCUGAGCAACGUAGUACUGAAUGUAACUUUCGAUAGGCAACUGGUCAUGCGUAAGUACUCCAGCAUGGUCUUACGACAAUAUCGCCACGUUAGUUUUUCACACUGCAACUACGACAUGCUAAUCGAUUUUUUGGACAUGUUCGGUACUUACUUGGAGACCUUUCACAGUAGAGGAUGUCUAAUCGAAGAGCAGCUAUCCAAAGUAAUAACCCGCACGCCAAAUUUGCGACACAUUGCCGUCAAUUUGACUGACAGUAUGCGAACGGAUCCAGGGUUAAUAUUCCCGGCAGUCGAUCACUUGACGCAACUUAGCGCCCACUUCGAUAACUGCAGUGGUGCGGCAGAAUGGGUUAAGCUUCUGCGUCAACUGGCCCCACAGCUGACGCAUCUGGAGCUGACAGCGACCAAUAAUGUCAUACCGAUCGAGGAGCUUCGGUUUCCGAAAGUUGAAGUGCUGAAACUUGGAGGACACGUAUGCGUGACAUGGGACAGUAAGCUGCAAAAGUUCUUCUCCAGUUUCAAACUGCUGAAAGACGUCAAACUGGAGUUCAAUAUUAGCCAAGCAGUGCUGGAUGUGUUAACGGGGGGUAACCCGGGGAUUGAGAUGUUACACUUCAGCUAUGACGUUUUAUACCCGGAUUCGUUACGCUUAUUGAGCCGUUUGAAACAAUUGAGGGCAUUAAGUUUCUUCGGGAGCAACGAUUUUCGUAUCAGUCCGGAAUGUCCACCCUUGCCAAGUGUAAAACGGCUCUGCUUGGAGAUUUAUAGCCUCAAUUCUAAGACAAGCGUAUUUAGAAGCUUCCGGCAGUUGUUACCUAACGUGAUCGACAUGAGUGUGAAAAUGGGCGCACUUUCCAGACCGGAGUGCAUUUUGGAACCUGUUUGCUCAGGCUUCACCCUUCUUGAGCGGUUAACAAUUUCCAGUUCGUCAUUGGAAAUCGACAGCAACGUACUUUUCGAUGCGUUACGGCAUCUUGAUCGAUUGGAAGACCUAACGUUUAGGUGUACAGAAACAACGCAGGAGUUUAUGCCACCGAACAAGAAGUUGAAGCGGUUGAAAUUCGAAAGUUGCCAUUGGUUGACCGACGAUUGUUUACCGGUGCUGUUAGAGAUGUGUUCAAGUCUCAAAUAUCUUGAGCUGAAAAGCUGCAGAGGGAUAACAUCCAAGGCAUGGGAGAAAAUAAAAGUACAUUGUAGGGUUGUCAAUUGCAUCAUUCCUGGAGUUGAUUAAAUGCACUGAUAUUUGAAAUUUGAGCUCAAUAAACUAUUUGUCUGAUUGAAAAACAA